GCAGACACAACGCUCAGCACGCGACAGUUUAACCAGUUGUUCUUUAUUCUAUGGUUUAACGGCUGAAGCGCUUCUACGUGUAGGUGUUCUGUGGUUUCAGCUGUUGCAGUGUGUAGCAAGGCGCGAGCAUCGCGGUACGACUUCACCGCUGCGGAGUUUGGAGGCCCUGUACACUUUCCACCGAAUUGUAGUCAUGGCACUUACCCCAGCACACUUCCGUGGUUUAGUAGAAGAAGAGACAAAGCGUUUGGCAAGCAUGUGCCGUUAUUGGGAAACUGUUGCUGCUUCUGAACCCGACGUAUCCGAGGACGCACAAGGUUACAUAAGGAGUGCGACAGGACAAGCGAAGUUGCUCAUCACCGAGCGGUUUGCACAGUUCACUGGAUUGAUUCACAUUUGUGAGAACAAUGUUGGGGAAAAGAAAACCACUUGCGAAGACCUUCAAGGUUUCUGGGACAUGGUUCACCUCCAGGUAGAUGAUGUUCAGAAGAAGUUUGAUCAGCUUACCAAAAUGCAAGAAAAUGCAUGGGAACUUGGUCAACGGGAAGAUACUGAUAAAACAAACCUGCCAAACAUUGGAUUAAAAGCUAAUAAUGUGAAGACCACAAAACCUGCAGCAAAAAAAUUUAUGCCCACAGAGAUGCAAAAAGCAAGGAUUGCAGCAUCACGAAAGCGCCUCGCUGAAGCAAAAGCUCGCAUAGCUACCAGUGCUCAAGCAUCUGCUGGAACUGCUGACAAAGAGAAUGCUGUUCUCUUCGAAGCACCAAACUUCUUUCUUGUAUCAAGCCCUGCUCGACCAAAGCAAAAUAAAACAAGAUGCCCUCAAGGAACACCAAGAAGCCUUCAAAAAUCUCCAAAACAAAAGGAUUUUUCACCACUUGUGUGUGUUACACAAUCAGCAAAAAAAGUGCUCCUUCAACAUAACUGAUUUUUCACUGAUCUGAAAAAAAAGAAAAAAAAGCUCUCCUGCAUAAAUGAGCGAACACCUUUAUUCAUUUUAUUGGGCAUCAACAGAAAUAUUGCAUAUAUUUGCUACAGAACAAUUGUUUCAAGGCAUAAAGUUUACACAACACCAAAGCACAUAGCAAGAUUUACUUAUGCUCAUAUUCACUUUCCACACCUUUCCAAAUAAAUGCUUGUUUGUCUGCA